AUGGUGCGGAGCCGCUGGGCGCUCGGCAGGGCCUUGGCCGGCGGGCUUGCCUACAAAGCCCCGCCGUCGCCGCCGCGCACGGCCGCCGUCAGGCACUUGGCUUCUUGUGGUAUUCUGAUGACCAGACUUCCUCCUCUACAAGUACCUGUGUUGAGCCAUACCUUUUCCCGGAGUUUCUUCAACAUUGCUGCACCACUAGCAAAUAAAAGAAAAGAAUAUUCUGAAAGAAGAAUUAUAGGGUAUUCUAUGCAGGAGAUGUAUGAAGUUGUCGCUGUGGUGGAGAAUUACAAACUUUUUGUUCCUUGGUGUAAGAGGUCAGAUGUAUUAUCCAAGCGAUCUGGGUACUGCAAAGCACAGCUAGAAAUAGGAUUCCCUCCCAUACUAGAGAGAUACACCUCAGUCGUUACCCUUGUGAGGCCACACUUAAUUAAGGCAUCCUGCACAGAUGGAAAACUGUUUAAUCACCUGGAAACAGUGUGGCGUUUCAGCCCUGGUAUCCCAGGUUACCCGAGGACAUGCACACUGGAUUUCUCAGUUUCUUUUGAAUUCCGUUCGCUCCUACACUCAAAACUUGCCACGCUCUUUUUUGAUGAGGUGGUGAAGCAGAUGGUAGCUGCCUUUGAGAGAAGAGCAUCCAAAGUCCACGGCCCAGAAACAAGCAUACCUCGGGAGCUCAUGUUCCAUGAAGUUCAUCAGACGUAG